GGUUGUUGCUAAAAUGCCUGAGCCGGCCAAGUCCGCCCCCGCGCCCAAGAAGGGCUCCAAGAAGGCGGUGACCAAGACGCAGAAGAAAGGCGACAAGAAGCGCAAGAAGAGCCGCAAGGAGAGCUACUCCAUCUACGUGUACAAGGUGCUGAAGCAGGUGCACCCCGACACGGGCAUCUCGUCCAAGGCCAUGGGCAUCAUGAACUCCUUCGUCAACGACAUCUUCGAGCGCAUCGCCGGCGAGGCGUCGCGCCUGGCGCACUACAACAAGCGCUCCACCAUCACGUCGCGGGAGAUCCAGACGGCCGUGCGGCUGCUGCUGCCCGGCGAGCUGGCCAAGCACGCCGUGUCCGAGGGCACCAAGGCUGUCACCAAGUACACCAGCUCCAAGUAGGGCGUCUCGGACCGUCACUCAACCCCAAAGGCUCUUUUAAGAGCCACCCACCUUUUCAGUAAAAGAGCUGAUGCUGUGUUUUACGAGGGGUGCCCGGGAGGCAAAUAGGUAUUUGCAGAGUAGA